UUUCGAAGCAAUGGUCGUUUGAUUCUGAGCAAUGCUUUGACAGCUGUCAGCCUCCAGUUGUUUGGCGCUUGUUGUUCAUAAUUUUCGCGGAAAGUUUGUCUGGAAAACAUAUUUGUAAAAUCAUUUGAACAGGCAUAUAACUGAAGGAAACGUUGUGAAUUUUAGUGUGAAAGCAAUUUUACAAUUCAUUUCUUGCCGUACAGAAAGAAGGACAGAACAGCUGCAACAUAAAAAUGGAACAAAAGCAGGAUCAGCAGGAUACGUCCUACGUCACUAUGGCGGAUAUUUUACAGGAACAGGAAGAGCUGGAAGAAACAUCCCGAGCUGUACUCGGUGGUUCGGAUGAAAAGAAUUGCACCUAUUCGAAGGGAUACGUUGGCCGGCAAGCGCUGUACGCCUGUUUGACCUGUGUGCCGGAAGCUCGAGGCAUCGAAUCGAAGCGUAGUGGCAUCUGUUUGGCUUGUUCGCUGCAGUGCCACGAUAACCAUGAACUGUUGGAGCUGUACACGAAGCGUAACUUUCGUUGCGAUUGUGGUGGCAAACGAAUGCCGGAAGUAAAGUGCAAGCUGGAACCAAGAAAGGAGGAGGAAAACAGUCGCAAUCGCUAUAAUCAGAACUUUUCCGGGCUGUACUGCGUCUGUCACCGGCCGUACCCGGAUCCGGAUGAUGAUGUGGACGAUGAGAUGAUUCAGUGUGUAGUGUGCGAGGACUGGUACCACAUGAGACAUCUGGAUGUGGAGGAGCCGAAGAGUGCGAAGGAUUAUGGAGAAAUGGUUUGUGGCGGGUGUAUGGAAGCAAAUCCGUUCCUGAAGCAUUACGUCGGUAAGAUAGAAGAUACCAGCAAAGCGCCGUUGGAUGACACGGUUCAGGUGGAUGUGACCGGGUUGGAUGAAUCGAAUGUAGCAGCGCCAGACGCCGACCCGGACACGGCGGGCCCGAGUGAACCUAAGCAACGCCGGUUGGAUGAUUCGACGGUCCCCGCGGAUGAGCUACCGAAGGAUAAACCAACCGUUUCGUUGGACAUUUGCACCAUGCCGCCGUUGGACGAGGAUGGCGAGAAAGCGUACAAGAAAGGUGCAUCGUUUUGGGUGGAAGGUUGGCGAAAGUUCCUCUGCCAGUGUAAAGAGUGCACAGAGCUGUACAAAAAGCAUGGCGUUGAGUACUUACUGAACGAAAAGGAUACCGUCAAACACUACGAGGAAGUUGGCAAGCAAAAGCACGGCACGGACGGAUCGGCGUACGAACAGGGCAUGCAAAUGUUGGGCCAGCUGGAUCGGGUGACGCAGGUUGAUAUGCUUACCGAGUACAACCGGAUGACCAGCAGGUUACGCGAGUUCCUCGAUCAGUUCGUAACGAAUCAGCAGGUGGUCACGCGGGACGACAUCAAUGAGUUCUUUGCCACGCUGAACAAAGAGCGCCGUGAGUCGAGUGCGAGCAGUGGUCCCCCACCGUACUUUUGCCGCUGAGCGUUAGUGGUAGAGAGCAAGCAACAGCACAUUUCCGUAAACUUUGUCUCAUAUUAGUAUUAUCUCGCCUAUUAUUAUUCUCAUUCGCCAGCGUUGGCCUACUACUGGAAUAAAGUUCAUUAUUUGUACAAAUAAAAAAGCUUUUGCCUUUUGCUGCGCACUCAUAAGGUGCAGCAGAAUCUGACGAAUAAA